UGUGCGGGGUCGGCGAGGCUGUGUUGACGGCGCCGGGGAGCGGGCCGUCCGUGUGGAUUUAUUCACGGUGCUUCUGUGGCUUCGUGGAAGGGUUCGGCUGCCCGCUGCACGUCGCUGGGGGAUGAGAGCGGGCAGGGUGGCCGCCUGAGGCAAGCCGAUGGGGCCUUUGAUGCACGGCGAGAAUUAGGGAUACGCAACGUUGAAGAAGGGAUUUUUGCAUCAUUUCGGCAGCUCCAGGACAAAUUCGGAUUGCGAAAGAGUCAUUUUUUCAGAUGUGAAGUGGAUGACUUCGCAUUUCCCUGCAUCGACAUCCAUUUGCCAGUUUUGCCCACUCAGUUUUAAUCUCCUUGAAAUCUAAUGCGACCUUGCUUGUGUCAUCUGCAAACUUGGAUAUGUGGCCUUCUAUCCUGUCAUCCAAAUGAUUUAUAAAUAUGCUUCUAUGGCUCACCAUCUGGCCUCAAUCUGAAACAAAAUGGAUUCAGAUGACCUACCUAAUGUAGAAGGCAUGUUUGGCUCCAUGUGGUCUACACCCACUGAGGAAAUGAACCUGGAGCCAGAUAAAGGUCAGCUGGAUCUGGAAGUCGGGGAGGAUGACUUCACAGUACGGAUCGCUUUCAAGGGGAACAUGAAGGAUGUUGAUUUUGCAAAUAAACUAGACCUAAUCGUUAAUAACAUGCCAUGCCUUCUGAAAAUGGAUUCAAAGAAACUGAAGCUUGAGAAAGUGGAGCCAUGGAAUAGUGUUCGUGUGACAUUUAAUAUUCCCCGAGAAGCUGCAGAGCGGUUACGACUGUUGGCACAGAGUAAUAACCAGCAGUUGCGUGACUUGGGCAUUCUUUCUGUUCAGAUUGAAGGUGAAGGGGUUAUUAAUUUGGCUUUAGUACAGCAGAGAAGUCAAGAGAUAAGAGUAAAUGGACCGGUGAAUCAGAUCAGAAUGGACCCUGGAUUUUCUUUGCAAGGAGGACAAGGUUUGAUUCGAGUUAACAACCCAUCUGCUCCCAUGAUCCCUUCAAGUAGCAAUAUGGCAGCUUCCUUGGCUGGCGGUGGAGCCAAUUCAGAGCUAAUGCAAAAUAGAUUACCACAUCCUUCCUCACGACCCACUGCUCAGCCUGGUAUGGAUUCUGUUCUCUCGACUCUGAACAUUCAAACUGCAGGACACCCCUCCGGAUCAUUGCCUCAGCAGCCUCACAUUGUGCAGACAAUGUCCACCAACCGGCAGGUCGCCCCAGCCAACCUACAGCAGCACCAGUUGCAGGGAGGUCGACCUCCAUUUAAUCCAGCUCAGAUUUCCAUGGCUGGCACGUGGAAUCAGGUCCCAGCAGCAGCAAUCCAAUCCCCCUCCAGCCAGGGGGCUCUAGGGACUUUGGCAAAUCCUGUGUGGAAGAAGGCUCCUAUGCCUGGACAAAUGCAGCCCCAGCAACUUCAGGCCAGGCCACCCAUGGCAACUGUUCAGACCCCUGCUCAUCCUCCACCUCCCUACCCAUUUGGAAGUCAACAAACAUCACAGGCUCAUCAAACCUUCUCUCAGCCUUGCAGCUCACCGCAAUUUGCAUCGCCUCCACCUAAGAACCACCAGGGUGGACCUCCUCGAGUUCCUACGCCCCUGCAGCAGCCACAUCUAACCAAUAAGUCUCCAGCCUCGUCUCCCUCUACUUUUCAACAAGGCUCCCCCUCUUCCUCUCCAGUCAACCAGCCACAACAGCACAUCGGGCCUAGAACACCUCAGAGCAGUUCCCUGCCACAAACGUUUCAGCCCACAGUGUGCCAGAGUUCUCCAAGCCGAGGUCCCAUAGUUCAGCAAGGAAACUUACCAGCUGGGUUUAUGAUGCAAGCAAAUCAGGUGGCCCAGAGUGCUCAUCCUACCAUAGGAGGCAUGCAAAAGCGUCUUCCACCAACCUUUCCUCCUGGUCAGCCUAAUCAAAACUUCACUCAGGCACAGAUUAACCAAGCUGUUGCAUCUGCCACAUCGAUGAACAGUGGAAUUCUGCAGGUGCAGCCUAAUCAGAAUGCACCGCAUACAGGUGGUACUAGUAAUGUCGCUGCUCAAAGUCCUAUGAAUGUACAGUCUCAUGGGCCAACUAAUGUGAUGCAAACAAAUCUCCUUGGACUUCAUGGGAACAUGAAUAAUCAGCAGUCCCUCAAUACGCAAGUGAACAUGAGUAAUGUGCAGGGGCAGCAGGGCCCCCAGUCACAGUUUAUUGGGAUGCAUCAACAAAUCGCACCUUCACAGGGCCAGGUGAUGAACGUUCAAUCGCAAGGUCCACAUCCACCAAACCAGAUGAUUAUUUCUCGCCCUCAGCUCAUCCAAAACCAAAUGAUGAUGGCGACGUCCCAAAGUCACAGUGCCGUCGCACCGGGACAGAGGAUGACUCCGCCCAAGCCGCUGCAUUCACAGCAGGGCCAGCAGAUAAUGACAACUCAUGGGCAACUAAUAGGACCUCAGGGGCAAGUUGUCUUGCAGCAGAGCCAGAUGAUGGGGCUACCCGAGCAGAUUGUUGUGAGUCAGGUGCAAGGAAACAAGCAAGGUUUCAAUAAUCAGAACCCGCAGAAUGUAAUAGCGGGGCCAGGUCAGAUGAUGAGGGGACCUGCUGUCAACUCGCAGGGUAAUAUGGUUCAAUUUUCCACACAAAUGAUCCAGCAGAAUCCACUGAAUGGGAAUUCCCAAGGGAUUGGCAUUCAGGGUCAAGGGCUUAGACCAUCAGUACCUCACGUAAAUCAACAACAUGGUGACCAUACAACAUCAGCCAGUGAUGUCAAUGUAACGCAGAUGCUGCCUGAUCUUCAAAUGCAGCAAAGUGUGGUCGCCUCUCACUUGCAAACCAUGCAGGCCGGCAACUCUACUGGAUCCCACUUUUCAACCCACAGUAUGGCAUUCAGUGCUCCUUACAGCACAACAGCAAGUGGAAGUCAAGUGUCCUUGGUCACUGCCUCUGGUUUUCCGAACAAUAAGGAUGUCACUCUGACUAGUCCGUUGCUUGUGAACCUGCUGCAGAGUGAUAUCACGUCAGCGCAAUUUGCCAUGAAUAACAAGCAAAACAGCCAGGCUAUCAACAAACCCAAGAAGAAAAAACCGUCGCGUUCACAGAAGAAAAAGAACAAUGGAUCUCAGCAGGCAGAAGAGCAAACGCAACAUGUGAUUUCAGAUACCCGUCAGAUGCAGCCAGGGCUGGAUGACGGAGAACCGCAACAAAUGACAGGAGAACAGAGUGUAGGAAUUGAUCCAGCAGCCAACAAAUUGUCUGAAUUUGCAAAUCGAUCUGCUGGCUUCCAUUUGCAGGCUGUUGAUCAGAGAACACUGCAGCAGACAACUAUACAAUCUGUCCAGCACCCACAACAGCAACAGCAGCAGCCACAACAGCAACAGCAGAUGAUGAUGAUGAUGAUGAUGAAGCAGCAACAACAGCAGCAGCAGCAACAGCACCAACAACAGCAGCCAGACUCAAAGUCAAUUAGAAUUCCAGUGACCCCUAAUACACUUCCACCUAAAACUGCCUUAACUCCAGAUGCGUCGAGAAUGCCAAUGACCACAGCUGGUAAUAAAGCAGUCAUGGUAAGCUUGCCUGGCCAGAGUGGAGUGCCGCCGUCACCAGAUAAAUCGAGGAUGCCUUUAUUAGUUGGCCAUCAAGCUGGUAACACACUCAGGAAGAUGCCUUUCCAGGAAAAUAUUCAAAAUGUCCCAUCGUCCGUCCCCGAGGAAGGAAACACAACUGCACAUCAUCCUGAUGGAACAGCAACUGAACUUUCGCUCUCCACUGGAUCCCAAGUUAAUCCGGGGCCACAACCUGUUCCCCUACCCACCCAAGUGCUCAUCACUGGGACUAAGCCUGGACAUCCUCAGAUCUCAACGCCACAAGGUGCAAGUCCACAGCAGCAGGGACCCCUUCCUUUACAAGGCACACACAACCUUCACUUUCCUAAUACUACUACUACUACACAAACCUCAAGACCAAAAACACCAAACCGAGCAAGCCCCAGACCCUAUUUUCCCCAUACACCCACAAGUAGACCACCCAGCACAGAACCUUCUGAGAUAAGUUUGUCACCUGAAAGAUUAAAUGCAUCUAUCGCAGGUCUUUUCCCUCCUCAAAUCAACAUUCUCUUACCUCCUCGGCAGCCCCCUUUAAACAGAGGAUUUGAUCAACAGGGUCUAAACCCAACCACUCUGAAAGCAAUUGGGCAGGCCCCAUCCAGCAUUCCUCCCCUUGCCAGCAACCCAUCUGCUACUGCGGCUUCACAGGCAAAUAAGCUGGAUUCAGUAAUAGUCAGUUCAGCAAAACAGGCUACUGGAAAGCGUGCAAGUCCUAGUACUAGCAGGAGAGCCAGCACUGGGGCCAGUCGAAAAGCUGGUCAGAGUUCGGGCAGACAAAGUGGGAAAGGCUUGAAAUCAGCAUUGACCCUGCAGCAAAACCCUGCCAUCGUACCAAACAUGGAUGUACAAAAGAACAUUCUAACAGGCGCAGCACAGGUUCUGUCAAAUUCAGUUCCCGGAAGUUUGAGUGAUCCUAGCAAUAUAGUUCCAAGUACUCAAAAUACACCAAUUUCUGUCAGAAUUUUUGCUAACCAUCCUGAAGAAAGCAAGGAAGGUUUACCCUUGUCUGGCCAUGGUACAUUGAAGCAGGUCUCUAGUAACAAAGAACAGAUGUCCUUUGAAUGCAGUCCUCAAGGCAUCAACAACUUGGAGAAGAAGAUUGGUCCUGAGAUUCAAGUAAAAAAAGGAAUUAAGCCACUGGAAGCUGGUAAUCCUGGUGGAUGUGGAGAAGAAAAAAGCCUGCCACCUUUAAGAGAAGUUCCAGUUUCACUUAAUCAACUUCUGGACACUUCUGGUAGUCCUGGUGCUGCCGUUAAGACCACUAGUUCCAACCAAAUGGGACAUCCUAUACCUUCUGGAGAUAAAGAGAAAGAUGAAUCUGUUAAGGAAAUUCCUAGCACAUCAGCACAAGUCAUUUGUGACAGUGGCUUAGCCCCAAGUCGACCAGAACCGGGGGAAUUAAAUAGUAACGUGACUCAAAGUGGUCCACCUAGGGUGCCCACACCAGUGGUGCCUGCGUCUAUCUCUGCUUCAAAUCCAAUAACAGUGUUUCUAAGUUCUAGUCCCAUUAAAUCUGCAAGCAGUGUAACUGCACCUGCACAGACUCAGUCUCAGCCUGCGGUUGUUCCAUCUGUGGUCACAAUGCCAACCCUGGGUAAUAAAGUGGUAUCUGAUGUACAGCCAAUGGUACAGACAGGCUCUCAGCCAGCGUUCAUCACUGCACCUGUGUUUAUAAAUACGUCUGUAUUCCAGGUGGUUAAAGAACCUUUGUUAUCUCAAUCAGCCACCGUUCCUAAAGUAACUUUACCUUCAACUUCUUCAUUGGUGUCCCAGUCUGUUACUGUAAUCCAGGUAUCCCACACUGCUCCGAGUUCAUGCUCAGCAGUUUCAACUACCCCACCUGUCAAUAGCACCAUUAACUCUUCUUCUGCACCAACGAGCAGACUGCUGGUUCAGAGGUCAUCUGCAUCCCCAGUUCAGCCACCUUCCACUUCUCCGGCUCCUCCAACCGUCUCCUCACCAUCUCCUCACAGGCCAGCUGCAGACUUCGGCCUCAGUGAACCUCUUCAGAGUAACGGCACGGUUGACCAAAGCUCUUCAGCUUCAUCCCACCCAAGUGCAGUUGCAACGUCACCUACUUCAGCUAGCCCAGGUAGCUCUAAUAGUAGUAGGCGAAGUCCAAUAUCAUCCAACAAAGGAAGAGGGAAAGUAGAUAAAAUUGGUCAACUCCUCAUGACCAAGGCAUGUCAGAGGGCCUCCCCAGAUAAGAAAGAUGACCCAGCAGCAUCUGAAUUGGCUUACCCAGGUGUUGAUGGUCAGAUGCCAAAAGCAGCACUUCCUGGUAGUCCUGAAGGAGAAGUUCCUCCUAUUGAGACUAAUCAGACCAACAUUUCUUCUCCAACUAGUCAACCAGACGUAGGCACUUCUGUUAACAUCACACUUGGUACAACUAGCAGCUCUGCUUCUUCUGUCUCUGUUUCCUCACCUGCAAAUACAUUGAGUAGCACUUCUCAAAGCAAUGUCACGUCAGCUGCCUGCCCCCAGAGCCUUGAUCCUGAAUCUGUAGUAACUGUUGGUGAUAGCAGUCUUGCAGUCUCACAAUCUGAGGGAAGUUGUUCGUCAGCAGAGAAAGUGGGAACAGAUAAAGAGCACCAACCAAAUACAGUUGAGCAAAGAAAAGAAGCUUUGGAACAUUCGGACACAGGACUGCCAGCCACCACACCCCAAGUUGUUCCAGAGCAAAUAUCCCCCAAUUCAGUGCAACAAGGGACCACAGUGAAAAAUGGAGAAGACUUGAAUGUUGCAAAUGAAGUGGCUCAGAGUGAAGCAAAAAAUACUCUAGAGAAAUCGAAAAGUCCUACCAGAAAAAACUCAAAAAGUGAAAAGGAGAGCGAGGAGGCUUCAUCUCUUCAGGAAUCUUCUGAAAAUGGGCAACGGAAGAGGGCUUCACGACCAGGCUCUACAACGGGGGGCGUAAAAGACACCAGCACAGCCACCAGCCCUACACAAACAAAACGAAGGAAAUCCAAAUAAAAUCUCUCAAUUGUAAACCUGUGAAAGUGUAAAUGUUUGUGAAUUUAAAUAAUUUUUCCAAGCUACUUUUCUAUCAUGAAAUUGUGUAUAGAGUACUGUUUUAAUAUUUGUCCCACUGAAAUGUGACUUGAAAGAUUUUUUUUGAAUCCUGAAACUUUAAACAAGAUCGUACAGCCAGUAAAAUCCCCCACUGGAAUGUAACUGUACUGGUAAUUUUUGCAAAGAUAAAGUUGUCAGAUUUUGUCACUGUCACCAACCUUGGUAAAAUAUAGUAUGUUAUUUUUAAUUUGAUAUUUACUGUUAAAUUGUGUUAAGUCUUAAAUACUGUAUGUGAAUAUUUGUAUAAGGGUGUAAUAAAGCCCAUUGCUACUGGAUGUUGAGUGUGAAGCAGAACCCCUUACCAGCAAGUUUAUAUAGUCACAUACCUUGUGAAAUAUUCUCUAUCCAUUCUUUCAGGUAUCGGUCCCACCAGUAGCUGUUGCCGUCUCUAGUGCCAGUGGCAAACAGACUUUCAAAGUAUGGAUCCCUCUACAGACUGCUGUUGAGUACAGCCCACAAAAGAACUAUACAGCGGAGGGCAGUUGUAAUAAUUUUAAUUAUGUUGGUAAUUUGCUUACACUCUUCACCCCAGUCUAUAUUUACACUAAUAAGAUUUUGUACAGACGUGUAGUUUGCCCCACUUGUAUCAAUAACAUUAAAUGUUCAAAUGAAAAUUAGUUGCAAAUCUUGGUUAU